UCGAACUACCGUGUGUGGCAAGUCGCGCCGCGCCAUGGUAGCUUUGGAUGGACGGUAGUGGUGCGUACACCGUUGGAAUCUAAAGGAAAAUUUUCGGCCGAAGGGCUGUUUAAGAUGCGCGAGUGUGGGAACUCGAGAACUCUCGGGUUUGCCUCGGGGAUGGUUCCGCGAAUAAAAAGUACAAGGGACGUGGGAGAGGCGCGAAAAUACGAUCGAGUGGCUUAGCUAUCGUCGUUUACUCACGGAAAGCGAGAAAAAGAGAGCGAUAGAAAGGACGAAAGCGAGAAAGAGAGAGAGAGAGAGAGAGAGAGAGAGAGAGAGAGAAAGAGAGUGAACGAGAGAGAACGAGAGAGAGAGAGAGAGAGAAGGAGAGUAAACGAGAGAGGGAGAGAAAGAGAGGUAUGAUGUCUGCGCCCUGAGGAACGGACAGACGGACAGACGGACGUUUAUGUCAAGUUUUUGUGCCUCUUGACGAUGUUCUUUAUAAAUUCGGAGAACUCUCCGGAGCGUGUUCUUUAAGGUGGUGAUGUGAUUGUAAUUCUCGUUCGGAUGCCGUUGAUAGCUUCUGUCCUAACAGAACGGUGAAAUGUUUUCAUCGCCGGCGUCGGUGGUGGGCGAGCCGUCAGGCUACGACUUUCUGAAGGAGGAGAACGCCGCCAAGUGGAAGGGAGUGUUUGUCAAUUCCCUUAGAAAGGUCUUAGAACAAGUACAUCCGAGUCUUGAAGCACGCCAAGAUGCCUUAGACUAUGUUGAAAGUUUAAUUUUAAAAAUGCUGGGCAUGCUUUGUGGUCAUCCACCUCCGCAUACGCCACAAGAUGUAGAAGAAAGAGUAAGAAGGACAUUUCCGACUCCCAUUGACAGAUGGGCAUUGCGAGAUGCUAAGGAUGCCUUAGAAAAAGGAAAAAAGAAGUCGCCAUUAGUUCUUCCUGUUGAUAAAAUUCAUCAACUGCUACAAAAAGAAGUCUUGCAGCACAAAAUUGACUUACAAGUCAGUCUUUUUGUGGUAGGAGUUUUGGAAUAUAUUUCAGCAGAUAUUUUAAAGCUAGCUGGAAAUUAUGUUAAGAAUAUACGUCAUGUGGAGAUCUCUUGCGAAGAUAUAAGAGUUGCGAUGUAUGCAGAUAUGGUACUGAUGGAUAUGUUUUUCCAAGAUGAUUGCUCGGAAAGUCCGCAAAGCGGAUUAGGUGCAGUUGUGUCUCAAACAUAUGAAGAAUCUGUCAGAGACCUUAUACAUGAUGAACGUCAUUAUUUGCGUGAUCUUCAUAUGAUUAUAAAGGUAUUUCGGGAAGAAAUUGCCAAGCUUGCACAAGAUAAAAGUGAACUUGAAACGCUUUUUAGUAAUAUUAUGGAUAUAUAUGAAGUCACUGUUACAUUACUUGGUAGUUUAGAAGAUAUAAUGGAAAUUACAGAAGAAAAACAAACUCCUACAGUUGGAUCAUGUUUUGAAGAGUUGGCUGAAGCUGCUGAGUUUGAUGUGUAUAUAAAGUAUGCAAAAGAUGUUAAUAGUUCGGCUAGUAAAGAAGUUUUAAUAAAUUUAUUAUCAAGACCAGAAGCUAAUGCAGCAUUAAGAGCAGCAGGACAUGGAUUCAAAGAAGCUGUUAAAUACUAUUUGCCAAAACUUUUAUUGCAACCUGUGUGGCAUUGUUUUUUGUACUUUGAUUAUAUAAAGGUAUUACAAAAACGUACACCCAAUACAGAAGAUGGUGAAACUUUAGAACAAGUACAAGGACUACUGAGGCCAUUACAAAUGGAAUUAAUGCAGUCAGUUGCAAGUCUUCCAAAAAAGGAUACUGGUCUACGGAUGCAAAGUCGUGCUAGAAGACAAGCAGCAUUGGAAAAGAUUAGUGAAUUACAAAAAACUGUAGAUGGGUGGGAUCAGAGAGAUGUUGGGCAAUGUUGCAAUGAAUUUAUUAGAGAGGAUACAUUAGGAAAAGUAGGUAGUAAUGGUCGAAGGUUAACAGAAAGGAAAGCUCUUUUAUUCGAUGGAUUAUUGGUAUUAUGUAAACCCAGUGGUGGUAAAAGAGUCAGUGUCACUGUUGCUGUUGGUGUUGGUGUGGUUGGACAUCCAGCACAUCCAGGUGAACUUCGUUUAAAAGAAAGAUUCUUCAUUAGAAAAGUUGACAUCAUAGACAGAGAAGAUACUGAGGAAUUAAAAAAUGCCUUUGAGAUAGCACCAAGGGACCAUCCUAAUGUUAUACUCGUUGCCAAAUCCGCCGAAGAUAAAAAUAGUUGGAUGGCUGAUUUAGUUAUGUUAAAUACAAAAAGUAUGUUAGAACGAACUUUGGAUAGUAUCCUCUUAGACGAAGAAAGGAAACAUCCCUUAAAAUUACCUCCGCCACAUUUGUAUAAAUUCGCUGAACAAGAUAGUCCAGAAAAUAUUGUCUUGGAAGCUAGAGAAAAUGGUGGAGUGCCAUUAAUUAAAGGUGCAAUAUUGGUAAAAUUGGUAGAAAGAUUAACUUAUUACAUAUAUGCUGACCCUGCUUUUGUACGUACAUUCCUUACUACUUUUAGGAGUUUUUGCUCACCUCAGGAAUUAUUGACAUUAUUAAUAGAAAGGUUUGACAUACCAGAUCCUUCAUUAGUAUAUGGUGAUGAUGAAAAACCUUCUGGCUGUAAAACUACAGCAAGAGAAGAUUGGAAAAGAUAUAGGAAAGAAUUUUGUCAACCGGUACAAUUUAGGGUUUUAAAUGUUUUAAGGCAUUGGGUGGAUCAUCAUUUUUAUGAUUUUGAACGUGAUAGAAAUCUUCUGGAAAGAUUGCAAACGUUUUUAGAUACUGUAAGUGGUAAAUCAAUGCGAAAAUGGGUAGAUUCGGUUAUAAAAAUUGUACAAAGAAAAUGUGAGCCGUCUGAACAACGGCCGAUAACUUUUAGUUUUGAACGAUCUCCUCCGCCUAUUGAGUGGCAUCUAAAAGUUCCUGAAGAGGAAUGGGGUAUACUUACAUUGCACCCCAUUGAAUUAGCAAGACAAUUGACACUUUUAGAAUUUGAAUUGUAUAGAACUGUAAAACCUUCUGAGUUAGUAGGAUCAGUGUGGACUAAAAAGGAUAAAGAAAAGACAUCACCAAACUUAUUAAAAAUGAUCAAGCACACAACAAAUUUUACUAGAUGGCUUGACAAAACCAUAGUAGAAGCAGAAAAUCUUGAAGAAAGAGUAGCUAUUGUUUCACGAGCAAUCGAGAUUAUGAUGGUGCUGCAAGAUUUAAAUAAUUUUAAUGGUGUAUUAGCCAUUGUUAGUGCUAUGGGAUCUGCGUCUGUAUUUAGGUUAAAAUUUACUUUUCAACAAAUUCCUGCGCGGUUAGAAAAAGCGCUUGAAGAAGCACGAGAAUUAAAUAACGACCAUUUUAAAAAGUACCAAGAAAAAUUAAGAUCGAUAAAUCCUCCUUGUGUACCCUUUUUUGGUAUGUAUUUAACUAACAUCCUACAUAUUGAAGAAGGAAAUCCCGAUUAUCUCCCGGGAAGUCCAGAAUUGAUAAAUUUUAGCAAACGACGAAAAGUCGCGGAAAUAACUGGAGAAAUUCAACAAUACCAAAAUCAACCAUAUUGUCUUUCGGUAGAACCUAGAAUACGACAGUUCAUUGAAAAUUUAUGUCCAUUUGAUCCCAAUAUGAAAGAUGCAGAUAUUAGUAACUACUUAUUUAAUAAAAGCUUAGAAGUAGAACCUAGAGGAUGCAGGCAACCACCCAGAGUUCCUCGCAAAUGGCCGGAUUUAAAUUUAAAAUCACCGGGUAUUAAAGCAAGAAGUCUGAGUGGUAAAUUACCUGCUCCUCUUCAAGCGGUAGCAUCAAGUGUAAGAUUACACGAUCCACCACCGGAGGUACCACCACCUCCACCACCGGAAUUACCGGAGACACCACCACACACAUCACAAGUUACAGUUCCACAUACAGGGGACCACAGUGUGUUUGCACCUGUAUUAUUAGGAGCUUUUUAUACAGGUAUAGGUCAACCCCCAGGUUCACCAGGUCCACUUAGUAUGUCAGGUCUCUCAGUCAAUUCACCAAGUAGUAGUCCACAAAUGGGAUCACCGGGGCAUCUUCCUACGGCGCAUCAUCAAUCGCAAAGUACUCACUUUGGCUUUAAUUCUGGAACUAUUGGUGUUAUGGGAGCUUUGACAGGGUUGUCAUCGUCUAGUGGAAGUCCAGGUGCUAUAAUGCCCCCACCACCUUCUCCUAGCCAUAUGCCUCCUAAUCAACCUCCACCACCCUUGCCACCUAGAUCUCAUAGAAGGCGGGAAAGUUCAAUAAGUGACUCACCUCAACAGGCACGACAAGCUCCGAAUGCACCUAUACUUCCUCCAAGAGAUGGUACCUCUCCACCACCAUUACCACCAAGAAGAGACUUGCCUUUAACGACAUUGCCACCAAGACUUCCUAGUACGUUGAAUCCAAGUACUUCAGCGUUAUUAACUAGGCGAAAUUCUACGUUAGAAAAUACGUGCUCAUCUAACGCCCACCCACGUCGACAUAUGUCUUUCAAUGGGCCUAGUCCUACGAAACUUCCCCCUACACAACCUAAUGGGUCUGUGACUCCAAGACUACCACCAAAACCUUUACCAGGGCGUCCACCAACAACCAUGUUUAAUUUCAAUGCUCCUCCUGGACCUAGUUAAGUGUUACUCUUUCUUAUUUUCUUCCUUAAUAAAAGAAAAACAAACAUUUUCGGAAAUCGAUUUCUAGUCCACUCAGAAAGCUAGGUAAAGCCAAAGGUUUUACUAGCUCAGAUCGACUGACUGUAAAUAACAUUGCUUCGAAACUUGUACAUCAUUUUCUAUUGAAUAGAUGUAUAUCGAGCAUAGUAUUAAUACAUUUAUCACGAUACCCUUAACAUUCAAUAUACGUGGUAAAUGGAUUAAGGUGCAGAAGACUUAGUAAAUAUCUUUGCAAGACAUGGCUCUUACGUGAUGAGAUGCUAGUUACAUUCCUUACAGCAAUCAUCUUUUAAUGGUGUCCAUGAUACCAUUUUCAUUCAAAGUUUAUUUUUUGAGACAAUACAGACUGUUAUGACUUGUACAAUAUAUUUUUAGAUAUUUUUUUAAUAAGCAGGUACACAUAAUCAAUAGAUGUAAGGUUGUAUAUUCCAUCAUGAAAAACGAUACUUUUAUUAAUAUAAUAUUUCUUAAUACAAACGAAAUGUCAAAGCCUUAUAUUGAGCUUACAUAACAUCAUGCACUACUUUUUCUUAUUUGUAUUAAAGAACGGAUUUGUCAGAUUGAUAGUUAGUGGUUGCUCCAAAUUUUUUGUUAACUGAUUCAUUAGAACAAAAUUUCAUAUUCAAAAAUUUUUAAAUACUUUUCUUACUUGGGACAAUGCAUUACAACUUUUUAUCAUUCAUCUUCAUGAAAUUAUCUGAAAUAUUUACGCAUAUUAAUAAAAAUAUAUUUCUUUUUAUUUGAGGAAUGCAAGAUACAUUUCAUCGCAGUUGCCAGUUCUUUGAAAAUUAUAUUUCAUAUCUCUGAAGUGUUUACCUUCGUUAUAAUUUAGUCGUGCUACGUAUAUUACGAUCUUACUGAAUGGACUAUAUUCGAUUUCGGUUGCACAAUAGUUUCUUUUUUCUUCUAAUUCCUCUGUCCCUCAACACAACUGUGAUACACUUGAACGUGGGUAUGUACGUUAUGUAACUAGGCAUUUAGGUUUUAAAGAAUCCGAUGCAAAAAUGUGCAGUAUCGAAUGAAUCAUAGGCCAAUAUACAUAUAUAAUUAUAUACAUAUAAAAUGAAUCAAUAGUAAAGAUGAGUACAUAUGUACAUGUAUAUUAUUAUAAAUAUAUUCUAUAAUAGUUAUUGUGUAAUAAUGUCGAAUAUAAGAUGGAAAAAUGAAAUAUUGAAAUUAUAUAAAAUAAAGAUUAUAUUGUGUA